AUGUCUUUCAGUGACACUGAAUGUUCACAUCGCUCAUCGUUAGCUCAUCGAGUACCAGCAAAUAAUGCUCCCCAAUCAUCGCGAACAAUUCCAGCCCACGAAAUUGUUUCUAAUCCGGAAACAUCAAAAUUAUUUCUGGAAUUUCUCCUGAGUUCACCUCAAACAGUUACCCUUGGCUCUGUUUAUGCGAUUGUCUUAGUACUAAACGAAAAAAAAGAUGAUCUCCAUCAACUGCAUGAAAUCGGACGAGCAGCGUAUAAAACUUACAUUGAAACUGAAUCGGUUCUACCUUGGUUACCUAUGCAACGCCGAUUAGAAUUACGUGAUUUGUACCGUCGAAAACAAUUCAACGAACAUUUUUUCGAUGGCGUCGUCGACGAUCUACUAAUCUAUCUAGAAACUCAAACAGAUGUCUUUCGACAAUUUCUCAAUUCCAGAGUUUGGAAUGAAUAUCGACGAGAAAAGUUCACGAAAAAUCCUGCUCAGAUUAGAUCAACAUCGACAUUAGUGAAUAAUACAAGUAAUUAUCAAAACGAAAGUGAUCUCAAGCGCUCUCGCAAACUUCAUUCAUCAUCGUUAUCCUUGCAAACAAAAGGCAAGUCGAAUGAUCGACAUUCACAUCAUCAUCAUCAUCACAAUCGAAGUGUUCGAAUUGAACCAACAUCAAUGAAGAAAACACGUGUAGCUUAUUUUCUGCCUGAUAGUGAUACCCCAUUUGUUAUUCAAGUCGCUGUUCCUGUCGAAUCUAUUACAUUGAAUGAUAUUCUCCCACGAUUGCAUAUCUCCUCAGUAAAUCAACGAAAUAAUCUCAGUACAAAUACUUCACUGGACUAUUUCGUCAAGCACCGAGCAUCGAAUGAGAAUUGGCUUGGUGGUGAUACACAAUUUAUCAAUGAAAAAAUCGAUGACUUCGAUCAGCCGCUUCCAAAUAUUGAUGGAACGGUAGUCAUACGAAUUUUGAACAAUAGUUAG